CACAUGACAAACAAUCACCAAAUUCACUUGAGCUGAGUACAAAAUGUGCCACGGAAGAGCAUUUAGAGACGUUGACACUUGAAAUCACAUGACAAAAAACAUUUUCUUCAGUUUAUAUACUGUAUUGUGUAAAUAAAUAAAUAUAAUAGGAGUAAAGAAAUGACAGUCACUGAAUCAUGAGGGACGGAAUCAGUGGGGACCCAGGAGCCGACCUCAUAACUGAGGAGCAAGAAGAGGUGGAUGAAAUCCACUUUGGACACAUUCCCCAGAUUCCUUCGCAUAGCUGGCCAAAAGCCAUAGGGAUUGUGCAGCUAUGCAGUGGAUUCUUCACAACCAUGCUAGGUGUAGCUGAGAUUUUUCUUAUUCCCCUGUUAAUGGAUCUGGAUGACCCUUACCCAUGGUUUAUAAACAAAAGAAAUUGUUAUGGAACAGGUCUAUGGGCAGGGAUAGUUAUGGUAUUACUUGGCAGUACAGCAGUCCGCGCCUCCAUCAGUAAAAGAGCCAGCUCAAUAAAGAAGUUUUUCUCCCUGACCCUGUUUACACUACUCCUGUAUACAGUUCUCACUUCUGUGCUGAUUUAUGGAUACAUAGCUCAGUGGACAACCAGGGAAGACUACCUGUACGAAGUACACAUCUUUGUGACCAUUAGUACCAUCAUUGGAUUUAUAUUUGCUAUAACAGCGUUUGUUCAGUACUAUGAGCUGGUGUGUUUUGGACGAUAUAACCUCCACCAUUCUAUAUUCCUUUGUUUGCUACCAUGCAUAUUUCCUGUAAAACGAACCAGCACAUCAGAAGAUAGCCUCACUGAAGGGGACAGAUACCAAGGAUAUUAAUCAAUGGUGUUUGAAAUAUUAAAAUAGAAAUGCGUCAACGACUGGACUUGCAUGUACAUUUAGCAGUACUGUAUAAACUAUGGUUGUUUGUAUUUAAUUAAGCAGUGAAAGCUAAAAUUUCAGUGAAUUUUUUUUAAAAGUGAAAAUGUAUUUAUUUACAUAAAAAUAGAAUAUACAUGGUAGAAAGUGUACAAAGGAUAAUAUGUUAAAGAAAGAUAUGGAUAAAAUGUUUUUUGUUUCUUUUUCUAGCUUUUUUACGUGUUGAUGUGCAUGUAAUUUAGUCGUCAUGUUAUAGUCAUGCACAUUUUACAAUCCGAAUUUGUUUUUUUUCCACAUGGCCAAUAUCCUAAAAUUAUGUAUUGCAGAUUUAUGUAUGAUUUAAGGACAAUGAAUGUUCUUAGAUUUAUUUUACAUACAUGUAUAUUACCAGUAAAUGAUUUCCAUAUACAAGUAUAUUUACUAUCUUAAGAAGCAUGAAUGCACAUUUGCUAUUAAUUUACAUGUACAUGUAUUUAAACAUUAAUAUGAAUAAUUUAUAACUUUUUGUUUAAUAAACUAUUAUAACAUGAGUAAAAUUCAA